AGCAUCCAUAAAACCAACUGAGCGAAAGGCGCGAGGGUGACCGCGGAGUUGACUUCGAGCCACAGGUUUCGACGGGACACCCCUUCACGAAAGGACCCGAACGUCGAAAGCGAGCGCGCGCGCCCGUGCACGCUUCCCCUCGACGCACAAGUGCGCGGAAUAAGUGAAGCACGCAUCGCGGAACUUUCUUCUCCUCCUUCUGGACACCGCACGCUCGGGUCGAGAGUCGCUGGACCGGGCCACGGAGCAGAAAGGAGCGCAAUCGCACUCGCCAAAACUCUCGAGGCAGUUAGCGCGGCACUCAUCUGCCGCUGUGGUUCGUCUUCUUCGGCAGGUCGGCCGGGCAACCGCAAAGGUUCAGGAGCCAAAGAGCGAUUCGGACCAUAGACUCGCCGUCGUGCACUCUAGUUGCUCGCUGCCCGCUGCAAUCUCGCAACUUUUCGAAGAAAAGUGACUAGACGGGCGCUUUUCUUCGGCGUCGUUACGCGGUUGAGGCCUGAUUGACCCCGUGCAUUGGCGGUGACUUCCAACGAAAAAAAAAGAGGAAGUCUCCGGACGCAGCGGACCACGGCUAUCCCCCACCUGCAGUGCACGAAUCUUCGACGCAAGCCACAGCGGAGACAGCCGGAGAUCACGUCAGAGGCAACCAUGCUGAGAGCGAGAAGCGUCACUCUCGGCUACUCCCAAUACGUACUGGUGUUGGGUGUAACGCUACUGCUCGCAGCAUCCGCAGCCGGUGCGUCGUCCGAGUACAACCCGGAGGUGGCGGUGGAAGAGGUGGGUCGCCUGUUCAACCUGCUCUUCCCGCUGGUGCUGCCCGACAAGAUGCCCUACACGUGGCCCCGGGGGGCGGCGGCCGCCUCGUCGGUGGACGCCUCGGACGCGGCGCUGGCACAGGCGGCGGCCGGAGGAGGGUACGGCGGCGGCCAGCGACGGAACCCCGACGACCCCGCGUCGCGCGCCUCGUCGCUCAACCUUCCAAAGCGGGGCGAGUCCGAGUGUCUGAGCCGCUGCAUGAGCCAGCGCAAGCUGCACCCCAUCCAGUGCCUCAACAUAUGCUGAGCCCCCGGCGGCGGCGCCACCCGCGCAGCCGCGUCCAGGGCUCUCUGUCUCUCUCUCUCUCUCCAUCUCAACCAGGUGCCCGGAACCGCACAGGAGAUUGCAUAGUUCAACGAUUCGGACACCGCACUGAAGGGCAGCAGAGAAGAAAGAUCCCAGCGCAUCCCAGAUCCUCCUUUCCGUGUUUCCACUCGUACCGGAGCGCUGCAAAUGGACGAGUUUCUGUUGUAACGACGUACCAAAUACAGUGUAUUGGAUCAAAUGAUGCAAAAAAAAAAGCAAAACUAUCCUGACUUGUGUACAGUUAUCAGCGGAGUCUAGCCUAGCUUUCAGCCUCUCUCUUCUGUUGAUGUCCGGAGUGUUGGUAACCACUAGGUAUACCGUUCGUAUCAGCUAAGCCUUUCGGGCGGCCGAGCGCUCACUGUAUGCGUAGGCGUCAACAAUCAAACAAUCAGUGUUCCGUCAUCGUGCGUGAAAGAGAAACCUGCUAUGUGUCACGUUGUUGUUGCACAAAACUAAAAUAUGGUUCGUCGUUAUUAUGGGAUGGUUAGACCGAUGAGUUUUCUAACCCCUUGUCGCUGUUAUACUUAACGGAUCCCCUGUUAUCGCUCUUUAAAAUGCUCGUUCGGUCGAUGUAUCUCCGCACUCAUUGCCGCGUUCGUCGUUAACCUAAGGAGCCUAAGGAGGUUGUUGCUUCCCGCGUAAUCAAAUCGCGAAUGUUCUAAACGCAACAGUUACAGUUCACUGCGAGUGAUAGCGUUUACAGCGCAACUAUUAACAUGUUAUAAGCGUUGAUCGGCUUUCCAACAGCAGUCCUAGCACUACGAGAGGACAUCACAGCCACAGCUCUACAAGAACGCAGAAAUCUCGACGCCAGACGAAUCGAUCUACAAUAUCUGCUCUUGAUGAGACCAUCAGACUUGCGGCCCUUAACACAAAGUCUGUGAAGAAAAUAAUGAUCAGGCCAUUUCCGUCGAAGAAGGAAAAUACAAUGUAUCUCGGUUCGAAGCAUCGUAAGCAUUGUCACGCACUUCCGUGGCACUGUUCGCGAUAUUGAUAGCGAUCAUUAUAAAGGCUGUCGUUUUUAUUCCUGGUCAGUGUCGGCCAUUGUGGAACACCGGAUCAGUUACUGGUAGCGCUUAAGAGGUCUCUUGACAUUUCAAAGGAUGGAAUUCCUACAUAAUCACUAAGGCAAUCGCCCUUUUUUAUAUUGUAUUCAUUUGCACCUAAUGGAGAAUACCUAGUUCCUUUUGUUGUUCGCGAGCCAGUGCUAAGCGUUUUGCUCACGCAGAGUACCCGAUGUAGUACAUAAACGCAAUAACGUGCGCGUGACCCUUCCUCAUCAGCACCCCCUUUUGCUUGUACUUGUUGGCCUACACGCUAAGAAUUCAGCGCCUACAAAAGCAGCGUGGUCCCGAUGCUCGCAUUACUCUAAGAUUCAUUGCCGAGCUGGCACAGUUAUCGAAGUCACACUCGACUGAACACACUGAAAUGGGCCGCUUAUCCCGUGUAACCCUUGAAGUUUUCAUAAACUGCUUGCAUGCAUUAGGUCUGAGCUAGAUGUCGUUUAUUUUUAUUCUAUAUUCCUUUUCCUUCUUCCCCUAGGGUAAAUGCACCAGGAAAAUAAAGUGAAGUGAAGGUGCAGAGACGGGCGGAGGGGAGAGGGGGAAGCGAUCCAAAGUAAAGUUCUUUUUUUUUUUCAUAAAAGGAACCCGGCGCUUAUGACGCAUUACUUUAUUUGCUUUCGCUUUCGGUACGCACGCGCCGAUCCAGCAGAAUUAGCGACCACAACGUAUACGCGAAGUUCGCAAUACAGACAGACACUGGAAUUCCAGUAGGAUACGAACGCACCCGACUGAGCGGUGUGAUCAGCCGCGGGACGACGUUGACCCCCGGGGCGUUGAUGAGCUUAGCGCGUAGCCAAAUACCCUCGCGCGGCGUAGUUCGCAAACGCCGUGUACGCUGCACCGUAUAGUGCUGUCUUCAUCGUUCCUCGUGUUUCAUCUGUCGUCAAACCACAGACAGGGCCGAGUAGAUGUCGUCGCACACUUUGUGUCUCUCAGAAUGAAACGCGUUGCUUCGUUCUCCCUAGAGAGCUGGGAUUCUAGCAUCUCGAGUGACCGUAUGCGAAAAGCCCCAGCCGCCCGCGUACUUUGAAGAACCGGCGACGUAUCCGCGAAGGGUCGUUCUAUAGGAGACCUCCGCAAAGCGGAACUCGUCUGCCGUCUUCUACAACCUUCAGUCUCUAUUUAGUUUGUUUCUUCAUGCUAGUAUGCGACAUGUCUUUCGUUUCAAUAAAAACGUUAUACCCAGCAAACUUCA